AUGGGCCGCUUCGAUACUCUCAACGCUGACACCCAGGAUCUGGUCAACUGCCUUCUUCCGGCACUGGCAUCUUCCUUCCACAUCUCCGAUGCUGUCGACAUCAUUCCAGAGGAUAUCCGCAUGCGCGCUUGGGACUGUGAGCGGCGUGAUCACAUCAAGGAUGAGACUGAGAACGACCCGCGCAACUGGGGCGUCCAGUUCCUCAAGGACCUAAUGGCCAUCUCCCGCAUCAAGAAGGGCGAUCUCAACCUCUUCCAACAAGACCUACGAGCGAAGGUGGCCAAGCAUGAGGAGAAGCAUCCGUGGUGCCGUCUGAGCGACAUCAAGGAGCUGAAGGAUGAGUAUGAGCACCCGAACCGCAAGAAGCCGGUUCCCCAGGAGGAGUCUGGUUCGUCAUCUACCGAUUCGUACCUGGAGGAGCUCCACGAGCCUGAGCUCCCUUCAGGUAUGAAGCGUGGUCGGCACGAGAUCUACGAGGCUCGCGUGCAGCCAAAGCGCCGCAAGGUAAACCGCCUCCGCCGCUCCGACGAUGGAGGCUUCGAGCGCAAGGACAAGGCCAAGGCACGCAAGUCUGGCUUCUCCAUGGAGCGCGACAGCCCUGUCGAUAGCCCAGCCCGCAGCCGCCCUGCCCUUCGUCGUCCCAGCAGAAUCAUCGAUUCUGACGGCGAGGAGGAUGCCCGCGACUCGCCCUAUGGCAAGCCCUCCCGCACAAAGGCGCAGACGCCUUCGGCCUACUCCAUGUCUCCCGCUCCUGCUCGACUCUCUUCCGUCAUCGCCGAGCCCAUCGACACUUCUGAUCAGCCCCUUGCUGUCCAGAAGAUGGAGGCUGAGCUGGAGGUUGCUGAGGCCGAGCUCAAGGCUGCUCGUCUCAAGUUCGCGUACUGCAAGGCCAAGGAGGAGGCGGAGGAAGAGGCCAGAAAGCGCCAGUCUGCCUUGAAAUAG